AAGUAAAUGUCGUCAUACAAUAGUACCCAGACCUAGCUCUCAGUGCGAGGAUAAGCCUGAUAUCUUCGGAAGCAGGCCAUACUUCUCGGAGCGUGAUCUUUUGUUCGGAUAGUAGAUCACGUGAUAAACGGCCGUUGAUAAUAUAGUUCAUUCGCAGUGCAUUAUGGGAAGGGCUUUCAGCCCCCUCCUGGAUCUACCGUGAUCUCGUGACUCACUCUCUUUCUCUUUUGACAGCAAGCAAAAUGAAAAUGUCUUCAUUCACUUCCGUCUUCGCGUUGAUGUUUCUUCAUCAUUUCUUCCAAACAGUGGAAUCAAAAUUCCUGAUACCUGGUGAGGCCUGGGGAUAUGUCGACGUCAGGAAAGAGGCAACUAUGUUUUGGUGGCUCUAUGGAGCUCAAACAAGCGAUCCCACGGACCGUGUUCAUAAACCCCUAGUUUUGUGGUUCCAGGGAGGUCCAGGGGCUUCCUCCACGGGAUACGGAAAUUUCGAGGAGAUCGGCCCUCUUGACGUUAAUCUAAAGCCAAGAAACUCGACUUGGAUUAAGGAAGCUAAUGUCUUGUUUGUAGAUAACCCCGUGGGAUGUGGCUUCAGUUAUGUUGGUGAUCCAGGGGCCCUCACCACUAACAUCUCAGAAAUUACAGAUGAUUUGACUGUCUUCUUCAAAGCCUUUCUGGAGAAGUUUCCAGUUUUCAAGGAGAUGCCAUUUUUCAUUGCUGGUGAAUCUUAUGGUGGUAAAAUGGCUGCUGCUUUUGGAGCUGCCUUGCAGGACCUGAUUCAUGAUGGCAAAGUUCAGUGUGAGCUUACUGGAGUAGCACUAGGAGAUUCCUUGAUCUCUUUCCAAGACACAACACUUUCUUACGCACCCUAUCUAUUUUCUUUUUCUCUCUUGGAUGAGAAAGACUUUCUUAGAGUCCAAAAGUUAGGUAAGGAGGUUGUAAAAGCUACUGAUCACGGAGAUUAUGACAAGGCCAUGGAUUUAACUGACCAGUUGAUCGAUCUUAUUGGCCAUGUGACCGACAAUGUUGAUGUUUAUAAUGUGCUGCGUCAUAACCAACCAGACCUUAGCAUGAUGCAUUUGAUGUUGCAAAGGUACACUAAGUUGUCCAAUAAUCAAAUUUUUUCUCAGUAUUUAAUGAGAAGUCAAAGUGAUCCACUUGUCAAGCUCAUGAAUGGACCAAUCAGGAAAAAGCUGGGGAUAAUACCGGAUAAUGUCACAUGGGGUGGUCAGUCUGAAAUGGUAGCAGAAACCCAACGCAAUGAUAUCCCAUCUUCAGUGUUAUCAGAUGUCGGCAAACUUAUCAGAGGAGGUGUUAAAGUUGUCGUAUACCAAGGCCAACUUGACAUGAUUUGUGGUACACUUGGUGCCGAGUCAUGGAUUGCAAAACUCGACUGGGAUGGUUUGCCACAGUUUUUGAAUUCAUCCAGAAAGCCCUUGUAUGCACCAUCCAAACUGGCAAAGAAAGAGACUGGAGCAUUUCUUAAGAACUACAAAAACUUUGAACUUUAUUACAUUCUCAAUGCUGGCCAUAUGGUUCCUAUAGAUGCCCCUGAAAUGGCUUUGGAAAUGCUAAGAAUGAUUCUCAUGUAACAAGGAGAGAAUUGAUGACUAAUCAGUGGUACAUCCAGACCUUGAGCUAG